AACUGUAACAACAGCUGCUUAAAGUGGGAGAGCAUAUUAAGUUUCUAUUUUGACUGUAGGAAAUAGUGGUUUAAAUUUGGUGGAUUUUCAUAUAAUCUAGCUCACUUGCCAUUUAAUACAGGUGAGCAAGGAAGUAGGUGAAAAAGGCACUGCGAGAAUUAAGUCCAUUCCCUCAAAGCGAUUACGUCCAGUAACAAGAUCAAAAUGUCUUCAAAACUGAGGAGAUACAUGGGUUUCGGCUCAAAAAGAAAUCAUGGCGGAUCAAUGUCCAAGUCAAAGUAUAAUAGAUAUGGUCAUGGUCGGAGGCCAGUGGAAAAUGUCCGUUGCCAGAAGUGCAUGGAGAGAGGCCAUUACACAUAUGAAUGCACCUCCAAGAGAAAGUAUACUUACCGUCCAAGCAGAACCAAAGAGCUGAAAAAACAAGAGAAACUGGCUAUGUUAGCUGGUGGAGCUGCAGUAGCUACCAUGGCAACAAAAGAAAAUAAGAAGAAAAAGAAGGGAAGUGAAUCUGAUUCAAGUGAGUCCAGCUCAAGCUCCUCCGACUCUGAAGACAGUGAGGACAGUGAUUCUUCCUCCAGCUCCUCCUCCUCAAGUUCUUCCUCCUCAUCAUCCGAAGAUGAGAAAAAGAAGUCUAAGAGACCUCACACAGCCCCUGCAGGUGGAAGACAACACACGAUGGACAUGGGCUCCUCACCUUCUUCACCAUCUUCCUCAUCAUCAUCUUCAUUUGAGGACUCUAGCAGUGAUUCAGAACAUGAAAAGAAGAGCAAGAAAAAGAAAAGAAAGAUGUCAGCAUAAUAAUGGUGACCCAGGAACUCUGUCUUGUCUAUUCCAAUGUCAGGCUGUGUUAUGAGUUAUAAAUCUGUGAUGCUUUUCACAUCAGUAAAGUUUUUUUUUUCAAAAUUUUCAAAAUAUUCAUUUUACUUUGCUUCUUCACUCACUGUUGAUGUGGUUCCACAACAAGUGCUUUUCACUCUUUGUGGUAAAGUGUCGCUUACCCAUGUGCCAUUGUCUUUUACUUGAAGAGAAAAAGGGGAUCUAACUGUGGCGAUUUUUAACAUUUUGAAGGUUUUUUGGAAUAAAUAACACAGGGAUGCAGAAGUUGAACAAGAGCAGGAUUCAUUCCAUGCCCAUUUUACUUGAACAGUUUUUUAAGAGAAAUCUUUACAAAUGUUUCACAGGCUAAGAAAAGCAUAAUUAACUGGUAAAUCAGUUGAUAAUACUGUAUUGUUUAUGUUAUUAAAGAGCACAAUUUGAAAUAUGUCACUUUGAGUUUGCUGUUUAAUAAAUGGUACAUUUCAAAGCACAAUAUAAAGAUCUUGUAAAGUAUUAUGUUUAUUCACAGGGCGUUUUCUUAGGAUGAGAAAUAGAACAUCUCUAACAAGGGUGCGUGUAUCAGAGAAAGGGGGGUGCGUUGGAGAAAAAAUAUUUGAUCACUAUCAUUGUGCAUGUAUAUCUUUGUACAAAGUACAGUUCUACAUAAUUAUGAUAUUUUACACUAUUUGAUUUAAUAAAUGUGUACUGUGCAAGCUGAAUCAAGACUUGUAUGAGGACGAAAUCUUUUAAUGAAGAGCUCUACAGUGAAAUUUUGAUUUUCAAAACUGUAUUUUUCAUUUUAUUCAUAACUGAGCAUAGCUGCUUCAAAUGACCGUUUUUACCAAGAAAGAUGACAAUCAUCAUGUUGUAUAAGAUGAAAUCUGUACACACUGUAAAUUUAUUAGUGACAAAUAAAGAGCAUUGCAACCAAG